AAAUUCUCUCCAGAGAAAGGAAAAAGGGAAUGUUACUUUUAAAAAGUUACUCAGAAAAUAUAAAGCAAUUAUUUUUAUUCACAAAUGAUAUCAUUAAUUGAGCAAAAAAAUUUCUAUUUUGUUUCCCCCCAGGAAACCUGCAUUCAGGAAAAACUGGGUUCCUUUCUCAUAACCAGAGAAAAUGGCAUUUAAAGGAAACCAUGUGAGGAAUACUUAGACCCUCUUUAUGGCUCAGAUGUGUUGAAAUCUGAAUGAUCAACUAGAAGAGAGAACUUCCAAAUUUCCUGUAGUAGCUCCUGGGAGAAGAAAGAUUAAAAAAAUGAAUUUCACAAACUGUACAACAGAAGCCAGUGUGGCUAUUAAAUCUAAGUCAAUAACAGAGAAGAUGCUUAUUUCUAUGACUCUGGUGAUCAUCACUGCCAUGACUACGCUCCUGAACUCAGCUGUAAUUAUUGCAAUCUGCACCACCAAGAAGCUCCAUCAGCCGGCAAACUACCUAAUCUGUUCUCUGGCUGUGACAGACCUUCUGGUUGCCAUUCUCGUCAUGCCCUUGAGCAUAACCUACAUUGUCAUGGACACCUGGACCUUGGGUUACUUUAUCUGUGAGGUUUGGCUGAGUGUAGACAUGACUUGCUGCACCUGUUCAAUCCUCCACCUGUGUGUGAUUGCCUUGGAUCGGUACUGGGCGAUCACCAAUGCUAUCGAAUAUGCCAGGAAAAGAACCGCAAAGAGGGCUGGGAUGAUGAUACUCACUGUGUGGACCAUCUCCGUUUUCAUUUCCAUGCCCCCGUUGUUCUGGAGAAGUCAUCGACUUCUCAGCCCUCCACCCAGCCAGUGCACCAUCCAGCACGACCAUGUGAUCUACACCAUUUACUCCACCCUGGGGGCUUUUUACAUCCCCUUGACUUUGAUCCUAAUUCUCUAUUACCGGAUCUACCAUGCUGCCAAAAGUCUUUACCAGAAGCGCGGCUCCAGCCGCCAUCUGAGCAACAGGAGCACCGACAGUCAGAAUUCUUUUGCAAGCUGCAAGCUGACCCAGACCUUCUGCGUAUCUGACUUCUCCACUUCUGAUCCAACGACAGAAUUUGACAAAAUCAACAUCUCAGUCAGGAUGCCUCCUGUCGACAAUGACCUGGAUCAAACAGGAGACCGCCAACAGAUCUCCAGCACCAGGGAACGGAAGGCUGCUCGCAUUCUGGGACUGAUACUGGGGGCAUUCAUUUUGUCCUGGCUGCCAUUUUUCAUCAAGGAGCUUAUUGUAGGCUUGAGUAUUUAUACUGUGUCAUCUGAAGUGGCCGACUUUUUGACGUGGCUUGGUUAUGUGAACUCUCUCAUCAACCCUUUACUUUACACGAGUUUUAAUGAGGAUUUUAAACUGGCCUUUAAAAGGCUUGUUCGGUGCCGGGAACAUUCCUAGAAAGGUAGAAGAUAAAGGGUCUUUAGACAGUCCUGUAAAAUGCACAACAGGCAUUAAACUGGUGAACUCUUAAAGAUAGUUUGUAGAUUGUGGGAAUGGAGAAAGGUAUGCAACAUGGUGUUGUGUGUGGUCCUUUGCUCUCCCUUUUAGUGGUCCUGACAUUCAGUAAGAUGUUUUCUACCUCCAGUGUUAUGUAAGAUGUGUAAUUCAAGUCAGAUUUAUGACACUAAAAUAGAAACAUUAACAGAAGUAACAAAAAGAAAAAUAAUGCAUUAUUUAUUUUAGCAGUCCCAAUUAUUCCUGUAAUCAGUAAAUGAGAAAAUUCCUUUUGUUCAUAGGAAUUUUUUUUGGUGGAUUCCUUUGUCUGUUUAUGGAUAAACUAAUGUCUCACUAUUUGCCCUUAAGUGGCAUAAAACUUGACCUUGUAUAUUUGUGUGCAUACAGAUCCAUGCAGAGACUGUAUGGUUGUACAUAAAGAAUAGAGAGCAAUCACUUGUCCUGUUAACCCCCUGCUUGCAUCCCUGUGCUGAAAGCAUUCAUCAUGGCACAACUAUAUAGCACAUCUACUGCAGAAUUAAGAACCCUUAUUUUUCAUGGUCCAUAAAAAAAUAAACCAGCUCAAGUUUCAAAAAGAACCCAAAAUGAUCUGGGGAUCUUGUGUAAAUUGUUUAUUGUGAGUAUAAUAUAUAAACAAAUGAAAAACAAAAAAAAAGUAUUUCAUUAGGUACAUUUGUUUCUGGAGAUGUUUCUGUUGCUGGGGCUUAAAGGUGAGAGUUAAGGCUUCAGGAUUCUCUAGCUGGGAAGGACAGAUCUCAGAGAUCUAGACUGACUCCCCCAAUUUGUGAAUGAGAAAAGAGGGGUUCAGAAAUUUAAGUGAUUUACUAAAGGUCACAGAGCUAAUGUAUGACAGGGACCCAUUGGUGCAAUUAGGAGACUUCCCAAAAGAAAUAGAGAAGCCAAUCAAUACUGAAUGCAAUAGGUUCUUUAAUUUGGCACAUUUAAAAAAAAAACAGCAAAAAAAAUUUAAAAAGGAAAAGAAGCAAGUUAACUAGAGAUAAAUAAAGGAGCAUGGAAGGGGAGGAAAGAAUAUCAUGGACAAGGAUACUAAGUCAUUAUUUAAACCCCAAAUUGGGAAACAGCCAGUAACUCCAAAGCUAAAAGUGAACCAUCCUUAAACUAAGGCAGUAUUUAAAACCUGUAAAGUGGUAGGGAAGAGCAGGAUAGGUAAAUAAUCAGAGAAGUCACCAGGCUAAAGCAAAAGAAGGGAGUUUCUAAGUAGCCUUUGUGAAAAUUUCCAUCCAUGGCUUGGUAUAUUGUUACUUUUAAUUCUCACCUGUUUGGUGGAUGGAACUCCUGGAUAGCUCUAGGAAGCCGAUUAAGUCCAGGUGUUGUAAAGGUUCUGCUUAUGGAUGUCUGAUUGGUUUUCUACCUUUGACGUGAUAGACAGGGUAGCCACAAUUAGCUGCAAGUUUUUAACUGGGAAGUGUGUAGGCAAAGGUAGUUUAAGAUAUAAAAAAUGGGAUUUCAGAAAGAGUCAGAGCAUUAGUGAUAUAGCCAGGAGGAGAAUAUUUGAAAGUGGCAGAAGCCAGACACUGCAAGGCCCUCAAAGUUUUUUCUGAAUUAUCUGAGAGAGUAUCUAAUAUUCCCAUAACUAGAUCAUAUCCUAGGAACACUAAAAUUUCUAAUCAUAUUGAAAGGUGAGUGUUAUAGUUCCGCAUAGAGAAAAUCCUAAAAAUACACACAAAUAUAUAUAUGCACAUACACCCACACAAAUAUACAGAAACACAAUAUUACACCUUCAUUUAAAGGACAAUUAUCAUCUGUUAUGAAAUGUUAUCUGUAGAAUUUACUAGUGGUUCAAUCAUUUUAACAGAGAGAAAUUACAAAAACAGGAAAAUUUGGGCUCCCACUUAGGAUGGUAGAUCAAGAAGGGAUUUGAACAAGAUGGCCUCUAGAAUCCUUUCCUAUACUAGAAUCCUGCAAUUUUAAGAAAAUUAAACAUGGAAAAAAUUCUUUCCUGGAAUUAUUUUUGCAUCAGUAGAGAGAUCAUUACACAGUAAAGUGAGUGGCACAGUAAAGUUAGCUACCAAAGACCAGUUUCUAUCCUAUCUCAGAUGUGAAUGAAACAUUUAUCUUUUUAGAGCCUCAAUUUCCUCAUCUGUAAAAUGGGAAUGAUGAUGAUUUUGCUACCUAACUCACAUAGUUUUUGUGAGCCAGGAGACUGCAAAAACUCACAGCUCUCAGUGUCCUAAAAGUCUUAAUGAAGUUUGGGAGCUAACCUGUUAUCCAUGUAAAUCGUUAUCACUAUAAUGUAACCCAGAACCUAGAAAUAAAAAGUAACCACAAAAUUCUAUUCUGUUUUAAGCAGGACUAUGGAAUCCCUGGAGUCACUGCUUCAGUGUCUACAAACGGCCUCACACUUGCCAACUUCCAGUAGAAUGACAGGAAGGAACCAUGAGUAGGGACAACAUCAUGGAUGCUUAUCCUGAUUCUGUGUUCCUGGGGGAAGUAGAUACCCCUGUAUAAAUCAUAUGAUCACAGUCUAGAGCUUGAUGGACCCUUAGAGUUUAAAUCCUAUUUUAUAGAUGAAGAAACUGAACCCCAAAGAGAUUUAAAUGAUUCACGCAAGAUCACACAAAUGACAACUGUAAAUAACCUAGGUGUUCUGACUGCAACUCCAUAGUUCUCUUUAUUACACCUCCGUAAUUAAGGGGGUAUUUAGGUGACUGGCUUGGUGGAUAGCGCUCUGGCCCUGGAGUCAGGAGGAUCUGAGUUCAAAUCCAAUCUCCAACACUUAUUAGCUGUGUGAUCCUGGACAAGUCGAUUAAUUCUGUUUGCCUGAACUGUCAAAUGAGCUGAAGAAGGAAUUGUUCAAUCACUCCAGAAUUUUUGCCAAGAAAAUUUUUCUGACCAGUUUCUGAAAAGUGAUAACAAGUAUGAAAGCUUGGUCCUAGGUUCUUCUAGCUAAGUGUAUCUCUGAAUCAAUAUCCAGAUAAGAAUAAUAGGUAAUAAUAUCUAACAUUUAUAUACUGCUUACUAUUUGCCAGACAGUGUGCUGAGAGCUUUAAAAUUAUUUUUUUCAUUUGAUUUUCACAAUGACCCUGGGAAAUGCAACUAUUAUUCCCAUGUUAGAGAUGAGAAAACUGAGACAAAUAAAAAAAAAGUGAUAUGCCCAGGAUCAUACAAUUAGUGUCUGAGGAUGGAUUUGAAUUCAGGUUUUUGCUGACUCUGGGCCCAGUACUGUAGCUACUGUGCCAACCAGAUGAAGUACUUAGAAGAAAGCCCUCUAAUGAGAAUACCAAUGAAUUGUAAAAAUUGGUGCUGGAGCCAAACCUAUUAUUCUAUUACUGAAUAAAUGUUGAAGAGCUUGUUUGGCUCAUUAUUGAUGUCAAAAUUGAUCUCCAUGAAGUCCAGUUAAUUUUUCUUUCAUGGUCAUAAACUAUACUCCUUAGUCUCUUAAGAAAUCAAUCUCUGAAGAAUCCUCCAUAGCAUUAUAGGAUUUAGGGAGGAAAAUGACUUCGAGGUAAUUUAAUCCAACCCACUAAUUUUUACAAAUGAGCAAUUAGAGGUCCAAAAAGAUUCCAUGACUUACCCAAUAUCAAACAGAUAGUAAUGGGCAAAAUCUAAAUUAGAAUCCAACUCCCUUCUUCCCAAAUCCAGUUUUCUUUCCCCCUUGCCACACUGCUCUAAUAACUAAGAAGGUUUUUAUUUCCCCACAAAUCUGGGUACUUGUUCAAAGAAGGAGCUAGUUCAAUACCUACUAAAAAUAGGUGAUAUACUCUGGGUCAAUAUCACCUUCUUGUAUGUUAUCUUCCUACAUAAAGGGUGGCUUUCAUGUGACUGGCAACAGGAUAGUCAGAGCCAGGACCAGGAAAUUGCCUAACCAAGAGAGAUCUAGGAAAUGCUAAUGGUCUGAACUACAGGAUUUUAUAAUAUUUUUUGUGUCAUGAACCCAUUUGGCAAGCUAAUGAAGCCUAUGGAUCUCUCCUCAAAAUAAGAUUUGCUGCCUACCUUCAUAAUUAAAGGAUACCCCGAAUUUCAUUAGUAAAAAUAAAAAUGUAAUUUUUCCCAGCCAAGUUCAUGGAUUCCCUGAAAUCUUUCCAGAAAACUACGUAUCAUGAGUUAACAAACCUUAGUCUAAACAGAUAAGAGAUCAAAUCCAGAUAGUUUCAGACAAAACAGGAAGGAGUAGACAGAAAUAAGUCAAAAUAGAUAUUUAAAGAAUUAGCAAAUCAGCCUAAAUUGCUUUAUAGAACUAGCCUAAAUGAAGAACUCAGGGGAGAGGUUAGGAACAUUGGGCCAUUUGAAACUACCUGCUGCUCAGCUACGUAGUAGGGUUCACUACUUAGAAUACUGAGCAAAAAAGACAGAAAUAUGAAGGAUUUAGUAUUUGUGCAGCCAUUGACACUUACUACCUCUCAUUUCCCAGUAAAAGAAUGUCAAGUUGUCAUAGCAAGAUGCAUCCCCUAGAUAUAUUGAUUAUGGAUUAUGGGCUGGUUGUUGAAUAAGUGAAGUAAGAACCUGAAUGUGUUCGUGACAAAACUGAAUGGAGUUUGAGUGCUUAGUUAAUGUCAUUGUUUAUUUAAAAAAAAAAAAAAAAGACUGCUUAUUGUAAAUAUGUGAAGAAAAGUGACUAGAUGUGAGAGGUACAUGGCCAGAAUGGACCCCUGAAGCUUGGAAGACCCUAGAAUUGGGAGCUGAUAGCUUGGUUGUGAAAAUGCAGAAAGAAAAGGCUGGUGAACAUUGGCUUGCUCCACUAGUGCUUGAGCCCUGCAGUGGUCUGCAACUUUUGCUUCUCAUGCUCUAUUACACAAUACUAUUAGCAUUUAGAGAGCAAUGGCUGGCACAGUUCUGAGCCCCUAGGAAUCUCCACAUGAAAGGAAAGUUAAUGAAUCCAUAGUCUGGGAGUGAGACCAUAUAUAGAAGUCCACGUCCCCUGUUCCUGCUUGUAGCUGGCACACACAUUCUAGGAUUAUAUCAUAACUUCACAGUAAAUAUUUUAGAGAAAUAAUUGAAAUCAAGGUCACAUCUUCAUGUAUAUUUUUCAUAUGUGUAUUAAGGGGCUUGCUAGGUUGAUGCUUAUUUAGACCAAUGGUGCUGCUAACUAUUAUCAACAUUGUGCAUGUCUCCAAACUGCUCUAUUGAUCUGUCCUUUCCCUACCCAAGAAUUUUUAUCUCAUUAAAAAAAAAUAAAGGAAUAAUGAUUACCUAC